AUGGGAGAGGCCUCGGCGCCUUUGUUGAUAACGGACCAUACAUCCUGCUUGCUUGCCACCGAUCGUUCUGCCGGGCACAACAAGCAGGGGCUCGCCUGGGUGUCCUUCGAGAAGGUUAUUCCGGAAUUUGAAAGAUUAAGCCCCUCCGAGAAUGGCUGGUCCCGUCAGACUGGGCCGUGGUCUGGCUACGCUGUUCCACCGCAAAUCCAUCAGCAGGAGCGCCAAGAGGCGGUGCAGAUGUGGAUCAAGAAUAAUUUGUUGAAGGUAAUCAUCCACGCGACUGAGGGUAAUGAAAACUUAGCCGAAGGUCCAGUCGGUAGUUCAUGGCAAGAAUACGGGCAAGACCAUACCGGUCAUGAAAUGCCAACGAUCAUGACUCAUGCGUUGCGGAAUCAUUUCCUUAUGUGGAAAGGCAACAAUCCGUUGUCUCCGCCAGGAAUCGACAGCUAA